AUGAUUAACAAAAGAUACAUAACUACAACAACCACAACUGCUCUCAAAACAGUUCCAAAAUUUUAUGGAUCCCAAUUCUCGAAAUUCAAAUAUUCAAAAACCAUACCUACACAUGAAGUCCUCACCAAACUAGGACUAAUCCAAUAUCCUCGUGCUGGAUUAGUGAAUUGGGGUCCGAUGGGACUCACCAUCAUGAAUAAGAUAAGUGAUAUUAUUCGUACCCGUAUGAAUGAGAUUGGAUUUGAGGAAUUGAGUCUUUCAUUAUUGAGUCAUAGAACAUUAUGGGAAAAAACUGGACGAUGGAGUAGUGGUGGAGAAUUAUUUAAAUUGAAUAAUGAUGAAUAUUUAUUAGCUCCUACUGCUGAAGAAGAAAUCACUGAAUAUGUAAAUAGGAAUUUAAGUAGUUAUAAGGAGUUACCGGUUUUAUUAUAUCAAAUAAAUCCCAAAUUUAGAGAUGAAAAACGUCCAAGAGGUGGAUUACUUCGAGGAAAGGAGUUUCUUAUGAAGGAUGCAUAUAGUUUUGAUAUUAGUGAAGCGAAAGCAAUGGAAAGUUAUGAAAAGGUCGUGGGGGCAUAUCAUAAGAUAUUCCAGGAUUUGAAAUUACCUUAUAUUAAAGCCGCUGCUGAUUCGGGUGACAUUGGUGGUUCUUUAAGUCACGAAUGGCAUUGUAUUGAUAAGACGGGGGAAGAUACCGUUUUCACCUGUGAUUCAUGUCAUCAUGUUUCAAAUGUUGAAAAAACUUUGUCAUACCCCGAAUCGGUUGACGAGACUCAACUGGGGGAAGUCUCAGUGAGAUAUUUCAUGACAGAAGAUAAAUCUACUUUAGUUUGUGCAUAUUAUCCAACUUCAAGAACUCUUGAACCUAAAUUUGUUAAACAAGAAUUACCAGAUAUUGAUCUUAAAAUAUCCAACCAGGAAGAAAUCUUACAAGAAUUUUCAAACGAAGAAACAUUAAUUUCCAAGCAUAUAAUUAGAGUCAUGGAUUCUAGAUUGCAUUCAAGAUCGAAUUUCCCAGAUUUCCCAAUAAAAUUCAUCAAUAGAUCUUUAAUGACUACCUUAACCGAUAUUCCAAUGGUUCUUGCUGAAGAAGGAGAGAUUUGUGGUAUGUGUGAAGACGGUACCUUAACUUCUAAACAUGCUAUUGAAUUAGGUCAUACUUUCUACUUGGGUGAUAAGUAUUCCAAACCUUUGUCUUGUAAAAUCAGUGCACCUAAUGAAGACGGCAGAAUGGACCAAAAGCAAAUUAUGAUGGGUUGUUAUGGAAUUGGUAUUAGUAGAAUUAUUGCCACUGCAGCUGAGAUAUAUCGUGAUGACGUCGGAUUAGUAUGGCCAAGUACGCUUGCCCCAUGGCAAGUUACUGUAGUUGAAGUGGGUAAGGAAAACCAGGAAAAGUUUGGCGACUUCUUUGAAGUAUUGAAUAAACAAGGAAUUGAUUAUCGUUAUGAUAAUCGUGAUUCAGUAUCGUUUGGAAAGAAGAUACGUGAAUCCAAUACUUUAGGUAUUCCAUUAUGUGUGAUUUUAGGUAAACAAUACCCAAUGGUUGAAAUUGAAAUUAGAGGAAAGAGAUUAUUGGGAGAAGAUCAAAAAUGGAAACAAUCAUUUGAAGCGUAUAAGGAUAAGAUUGAAUGGGAAGUCAAAUAUGACGACAAAGGAAAUGAUAUUAAACAUAUUGUACAUAAGGAUGGGUUGGUUACCGUUGUAAAUAGUUUAUUACAGGAUAUGUAA